CGCACACGCCUCCUACCAAAAUCACAGCCCCGUGGAGCCGGGGCUCUCAUUCACAGCUUUCUAGAGAAAUCUGAGCCCGAACCUGCCAGAAUAGGGGAUCUCACCCACUCAGCUCAGCAGCGAGGACACCUGCAGAAACACAUUCCUAAAGCAAGGCUGAGCGGCUGUGUGAAGUAAGGAAUGGUCUCAGAGUUGCUUCUUUUUUGGAUGGCCCCCGCCACAUAAGACCUGAAUGUCCUACUGCUCUCCAAAAACAGAAAGAAGACCAUCUAUUUGUCUGCUUUGGUGGCAACUUGGUAGUAACGAAACUGUUGAAUGGGCCCCGAUUUCGGCAGACCAUCAGGUGAAUGGGACCAGUCUCCAUUCUUCCAAAAUAUCAGAAAUUAAGCACGUGGAAAGGAGAUUCGGCCAAGAUGACCCACUUACAGGCCGGACUCAGUCCAGAGACUAUAGAGAAAGCUCGCCUGGAACUGAAUGAGAACCCAGAUGUCUUACAUCAGGAUAUCCAGCAAGUCAGGGACAUGAUCAUCACCAGGCCUGACAUUGGGUUUUUACGUACAGAUGAUGCCUUCAUCCUGAGAUUUCUCCGAGCCAGGAAGUUUCACCAAGCAGAUGCCUUCAGACUCCUGGCCCAGUACUUUCAGUACCGUCAGCUCAACCUGGACAUGUUCAAAAACUUCAAGGCUGAUGACCCUGGCAUUAAGAGGGCUCUCAUCGAUGGGUUCCCUGGAGUGCUAGAAAACCGUGAUCACUAUGGCAGGAAGAUUCUUCUGCUCUUUGCCGCCAACUGGGAUCAGAGUAGGAACUCCUUCACAGAUAUCCUACGUGCCAUCUUGCUGUCUCUGGAAGUCCUUAUUGAAGAUCCGGAGCUUCAGAUAAAUGGCUUCAUUUUAAUUAUAGACUGGAGUAACUUUUCCUUCAAACAAGCCUCCAAACUGACCCCCUCCAUCCUCAAACUGGCUAUUGAAGGGCUGCAGGACAGCUUUCCUGCCCGCUUCGGAGGAGUCCAUUUUGUCAACCAACCCUGGUACAUUCAUGCCCUGUACACGCUCAUCAAGCCAUUCCUUAAAGACAAGACCAGGAAGCGGAUUUUCCUGCAUGGAAACAAUUUAAACAGCCUUCACCAGCUAAUCCACCCUGAAUUUUUGCCCUCUGAAUUUGGAGGAACCCUUCCUCCUUAUGACAUGGGAACUUGGGCCCGGACGUUACUUGGUCCAGACUACAACGACGAAAAUGACUAUACUCACACUUCCUACAAUGCAAUGCACGUGAAACACACAUCCUCCAAUCUGGAGAGAGAAUGCUCACCCAAGCCGAUGAAGAGAUCUCAGUCCGUGGUAGAAGCUGGGACCCUGAAACAUGAGGAGAAGGGAGAGAAUGACAACACUCAGCCCCUCCUGGCUCUGGACUGAACCCUGAGUCACCCCAUGCUCUCGCAGAUCGCCAGCCUGCAGUGGAUCAGCCACCCAGGAAGCGCGUGUGUGCAACUGACCCACAGGGACACGUGCGUUCCGCUUGACACAAGGCCCUCCACUCCCGCCACCUAGUGAUGACUGUCACCAGCCAUUGGUCUGAGCAGCCAAAGUUGAACAAAGACUUGAGAGAUUUUUUUCUUUUUUUUCUUUUUGGUGAGGGGACUGGAGGUGAAGCAAGGCAGUCAUGUCAACACGAUUCCCCCUCCCCCGUAUUUAUGGUAUUAAAUGAACUGCAAAAAAGAAAACUAAAUUUGAUGCAUACACCACAUUAGUGCCAGGAUUUUUCUGAGGUACCACAGAGACCCACUCUCAGUUUUGUGACUUAAGAUUAAGUGCAUUUCCAAGUAGAUAUAUGAGAAGGAAACUGUGCAGACCCAAAUGUCAAGCUCAACGUAGUGCAAAGCCCCAAGACAGUAGUAUCUCAAGUCAUUUCCAUUCUUAGUGAAUUACUUUCUUUGACCUCAUCACCAGCAUCGGAUUGUUCAGUCCAAGGGCAUGUCCUUGUAGGUCUCGUUCUUCACAGAGUUUGCUUAUUUUGAGAACCUGCAAGAACAAUUUUGAUGUCACAUCUCUUGUCAGGCCACCAGCUGAUUACCAUGAUCUGGCUUAAAAAAAAGACACGCACAACCUGAAAUACGAUUAUUUCAUCUUAAUAACGUGACUUUCCACAGGUAACAUGAGAUUGUGGAGGGAGGGGUGGGGAUUCAUCGAAAACACAUGUCAGUGAUUAAUGGAUUCAUUCAAAUUACCACACUUGGGUCACUACAGGCAAGAAAAGUGCUACAAAAGCAUUUAAUGCCCCCCACUCCCUCCCCACCCUCCCCCAACCAGUUAAAGGUAUGGAGACCGGAGCUGGCUGUUGCUGAGAGGGUAGGUACCAAUCAUGGAGGAAGACCCUUAAUGAUGGCUAAAUAUGCAAGUACUGACAAUAAGAGAAGAUUAGGAAUGCGGGAUAAAAUGCCAAAGAUCAUUUUAUUUCUUUGUCUAUUCUCCUUAGAAAUGGGAGUCCCCAACUAUCCAUUCCAAGGAAAUUAAAUAGAGAUAAACAGGUAACACAGGAUAGGAUAUCCUUACUCGUGCCACGUUUCCCAAAACCCGUUUGUGUUUAAGGCAUCUCGUAUCUUCCCAGCCAUCCACAUGACAUGAGCAUUAGUCAGCAUGACCAGUUGGUGCUCAGUAUCAAAUAAAAGAUAUUUUAGUUGAAAGAUAUUUUAGUUGGGCAGAAAAAUAUGAUUUUAUGUUUUAAGGACUUGAGAGGAUUAACUUAAAAUUCAAAGCAAAGAGGUGAUUCAACUGGCCAUAAUCAACCUCAGUAGAUAUUAUUAUUACUAAUCUUAACCAUUUAUUACAUCUCUUUCUCAAUGAAUCUAGUGUUUUAAUUUGUUUUCUACUGGCAGAGGAGAUAAGAGA